AUGGAUGACUGGCAGUCUGCAGCGUGGCGAGGCUGGCUCGCAGCCCAAGGUUGUGGCAUAGUCAGCGAUUCUACUCGCCUGAAGUGGUCCUGUGCAAGAUCAAGCUCGAAGGCUCGUCCCGACUUCGUCGCGCUGCCGACACUUGCUUGCCGCCUAUGCCAGGUCAUAGACUGCCCGACUGCCAGCAGCAGGGCGCUAGUGGUUGGUCCCUACAUUGACAAGGCAUUGUCGCUGCUGGCAGCUGCUGCUGAAGGCAAGGCAAUGCGCUUAAUCGUCCUUUCUUCUGCCAGCCUCUUGGAGGUGGGGCAAAGCUUUGCGGCGGUGCGACGAUGGCUGAUGACACAAGCAGAAGCGCAGGCUGGCAGUGUCAUUGUCCUGGUUCGGCCUGUGAAAUGGUUCUCGCAACAACGGCAUGCCGGUGAUGAUUUCGCAGGCCUCCUGCACCAGGUGGUCGAGCGGUGCAAGUGGGUGCAGUCCACUUGUGAGUUUCGACGAGGACAAGGAAUUGUCUUCUUGUCGCUCCUCACGGCUUCGCCCCCAAGUGCAUGGCAGAAGGUCUUCAGUGAAGUGAUUCACUUGGAGCAAGAGUUGGCGGGUGCCAGUGACGACAGUAAGCAAAGAUCGCCAACGCCUGGCCGUGUGGGCACGGAAGCUGACGCCGAUCCGCAACAGAUCGUCUCUGCCUUCCUGUCUUCACUCACAGUCUUGCGGCCUGGCAUAUUGGUGCCUGCUGAGGUCAAGGACUGGCUAAUGGACGCUGUGAGAGCAUGCACCAGCACUGCAGCAGGCCAACCGCCGUCUUGUGUGGCACUCGUUGGUCCUCCAGGCUGUGGCAAGACAUCCAUGCUGCAGUCUUUGAAACAUCUGCCGUUUCAAGUGUUGCCGAUGUCCAUCCCACAGCUGAUCAAUGCUGGCAUAGGCGACACGCAGUUGGCCGUGCGGAGGCUCUUCGAAGCGGCACAGCUGCAGCCUUCCUGCGUCACCCUGGAUGAUGCAGACGAUUUGUUCUUGCAGGCUUCACUUGACAACUGUAACCACGGUGUCUCUGAUCUCCUUGUCGAGCUUGUCCAUAUGCUGGACACAUGCUGCUCGCGAAGACUGCUCUUCAUUCUCACGUGUUCAACAAAUCGGAUCCCGCCUUCACUGGCAUGUCGCUUGCAGUUCUUCAGCCUGAAUGCUUGA